AUGAAUACACGGCUUUUUGUCCUGGUCUUCCUCCUCUGCGCCUGCCAUCGAGUGGCAUGCCAAAUCGUAACAACGCUCACCGAACUUCCGCCAGGGCCCAUCACAUUCCCACUCACACUCCCGACCGGCGCCCCGUCCAUCAUCUUCAUCCCCACGGGGACCAUCACCGUUGUAAUCCCGGGGUGCCAUCCGACGCCUCUGCCUCCCGGGGAGAGCCCAAGUACGACCGGCGACGACAGUGGUUUGCUCGGCCCUGCUCCGAGGCCACCAAAAGCGGCAUGCAUUCCAGCCCGAGGCAAAAAAGUCAAUGUUGGCGGGGACACUGGCAGCAAUGACGGUUCGGAGGGAGAUUUUGAGGAGGGGAACUUUGAGGCGGACGCAUCAGACGAAUACGAUAAUGGAGACGAUGGCGACGGAGUCCUUGAGAGGGACCCUGAUGGUGCAUUUGACGAAGAGUAG